GAAUUGUCACUGUCAUAAGUCAGUUUCGUUUCGAAAUGGAGUCUGUGUUCGAUAUUUCUUUAAAAUAACACAAAUCCUUUUUAUUUACUCGCAAUGCUGUUAGCAGAUUAAUUUCAUUUAACAUUCACGAUUAUGUUAUUAUCUUGUAGUCUUUUGUUUAGUUUAAAUUCGCUGGGGAAACAUGGAGGAGGACCUUAACGAAAAUGAUUUGGAGGAACGGUUGUAUGCAAUGCUACAUCACGUGGACGAGACUGAGGCUAACUUGACCGUGCCCGCAGAUAAUGAACCGAUAAAAACAAUAGAAACCACACCGCGAAGUACCAUACGGCGUUACUGGCACACCAGUGUCGAUCAGAACUCGUCCAAUAUAUAUCAGAAAGUAAAUUCGCAAAAGGAAAAUAAUUCACCAUCAAAACCACAAAAUAUAAAUGAUCAGAAACCCAAACAAGAGAAAUGUGAUGCUCACGAUACACCAUUUGUAGAUUUAUCCAUGGUUCAAAGUCCACCAAAUAAGAUAAAAACCACUAUAAACUUACUGGAUAAUGACCUUCACAAUUCUGUUGUACUUGAAACAAGUGAUGAGGAUGAGGUGGUAGAGGUGGCGUUACCCCCAAAACCAACUAUAACAAUAGAGAGUUCCGAUGAAGAUGAGCUGCACAUUAUUACAAAUUCUAAAUCACCAUCAAAAGAACAGGACAAAAAUGGACAAUACAAGUUACCAAGUAAUAGUAACAGCAAUUCGACCAGUCCCGUCCCAUCAGUAGUAUCAUCUGUAUCUGAUGAAUUUAUUCGUGGAGAUUGCAUUGCCUUGAAUAUUUCAUCGCGGCGCCCAGAUGAUCACAGUUUUGAUUUCAGCCUUCAUGGUUCAGAUUUGUUAGGUCAAAAUGGGUCAUCUAAAAAAAAGAAAAAGAAACGUUCUAAAGAGACAGUUGCUACGUCCACCCCAGUAGCCGUCUUAGAUGUGACAAAAAGAAAUGAACCUGAUGAAUGUUUUGCAACACCAAAGAGUAAGGCAAAACACAAGAAACAGAAGACAAGAUCAUAUACUGUAACAGAGAAAAGUGUACCGAGUGUCGAUGUUUAUGAUUCAGACAGCAACCAAUCUGUCAUCAAUGUAAAACAACAUGAGAAUACAUUUGUUGUAUCAGAGACGAGUUUACCAAAUGCUGACGUUUAUGAAUCUGAUUCUAAUCAAUCGGAUGUAACAAAAGAGAAUAUUCAUCCAAAGAGUAAUGUUAACAAAAGUUCUGCUAGCACAGAGCAUAGUACAUCUCUUGAGGAACAACUAAAACCACAGAAUGAAACAUUAAAAAAAUCUGAAAAUUUAAAUGCUUGUAACAAUAUAUCAGCAGAUGUGAUAGUUGAUUUGACGAAAAAUGAUGAUUUUAUAAUAUUAGAUAAUGAAAAUAUUGUCAUGGCCAAUGUGUCGGGCUUUAAGGAAUCGUCAGAUUAUGAAGAUGAACCUGUAUCUGUCAAUACCACUCCUAAUUAUGGAUCUACAAAAUAUCCUCCAAUACUGUAUGAUAAUCUUGAUUUUGACAAUUUAAAAGGUACAGAUAAGACAAGUAAGCGAAGGAAGUACUCACUAACAACUCUGCGUGCUGAGAUGCAAAAGUUCUAUAAUGAAAGUUGGGGUGGAGAAAAUUUUAAUCAUAGAGAGAUUCAGAAGCAUAUGUCAAAAGAUAAAAGUUUAUGGAUGAUAGAUGCCAAAGACCGGAUGCCAGGACUGUCUAACAACAAGAAAAAAUAUACAUGUAACUACUGCAACCGGUCAGGCCACCGGGACGACACUUGCCGCAUGAAGCCACCUGUCUGCUACAUGUGUGGGUCCACUGGACAUUUCGAACCUCGGUGUCCAAGUAAAAUAUGUGUCAAUUGUGGAUCUCCAAACCACAUGUACUCGACUAUGUGCCGCAACUGCAGCUUCUGGGGGCGAAUAAAAUGUGCGGAGUGUGGCCAACAGGGCCACCCCGCCAGCCACUGCCCGGACACAUGGCGUCGCUACCAUAACACGGUGGACAUAGAUGUACCUUUGGAGGAGAAUCGUCAAACAAAGAAAUCCUAUCAACUGUACUGUAGUGGUUGCACCCGCCGCGGUCAUCUCGUCCACACUUGCCGUUCCUCAUUACCGUUUUCAGGUCUCCCAAUCAAUUCGCCAUAUGUGUCUGAAUAUCGUCCGUUAUACUUGUCAACCAAUCUGGACAAUUCUAAAUCGCCUAUUAACAAUCAGAAAAACAAGCAAUUUAGUAAGAAUUCUCAAGAUUCAAUCGUCUCUUCGAUAACGAAUACUUCUAAGAAUGAUCGAAACAAACGUCAAUCGAAAUCGCCAAGUACGCACGAGACUAUUAACAAAAAGAAAAAGCAAAACUCCACAUCCGAAAGUUCCGAAGCAAAUGCCAAUAACAAAAAUAAUAUAAACAAUCGAGGGCCAACAAACAAUUCACAAGAGAAGAACCAAGGCGAUGAUACUAGUAGAGUAGUCGCAAAUCCGUCUGAUACUACUGUCGAGAAGGCUCCCGACUUUAUUCCUAUUUUCUCGACAAAUCAUGACAAAAAAGGCCAAAUGAUCCAAGACAAUGAAGUGUCUGACACAAGUGAUGUUAUAACAUCUGCAAAAAUUUACAUCACUCAGGAUAUAACAGAGAAACUUAAAACGAAGGAUGGCCAAGAAUGGUUAGAUAACACAAUGAGGAAAUGUAAUGUAACCUUACAAAAUUCUGAUAUGAAUUUAUUUUUAAAUAUAAAAGGUAAAAUCGCAGAUCAAGAGGCCUUUCAAACGGAACUUAGAGAUUGGACUACAAUUAAAGAAAAACCCAACACUGACAAUGAGCAUGAUACAACACUGGAAGGAAACAGUGACAACUCUUUUUUGUAUAACAUUCCUAAAAAUAGGAAUAACGUCAUAAGGGUUAUUAGUAAAGCCCUAGAAUCUCUCAACGAUGACUUGGGUGAUCCUACAGCUCUUUACAAGGAAUUGACAUAUCUACAAAAUCGUCAGCAACAACUACUUCAACAGAAAGUAAUAAGUCCCACACAAGUCUCGAACAACAGAGACAAUAUAAAUGCGAUGCUCAGAAAACUAAACAUGGUACUUCUAGGGCAGGCUGGUCUUGCAGAUGGAACGCAACAUCUAAAUGAAUUAGUAUCCAUUCAAGAAAAACUUACAAAACUCAGACAAAAAACUAUUACUCUAGAAAUGCGCAAGCAAAUUGGGCAACAUUAUCACUGUAUAUUUACAGCCACCGAGAGAACUGACUAUUCAGAGUUACUACAAAAAUACUUUGAUAAGAGGAACACAAAGUCAGUAGGCAAAAAGCGAAACAAAGGUAAAUUUAAAGUAAAACAUAAAGUAAUGGCGACUAUUGCCAAGAAUAAUACUAACUUUUUUAACACUCAAUCUGACUCUACUGAAAAAUCUGAUAAGGAGAAGCAGUUUACAGUUCCUACUGGUUUACCAGUACAAACUGUUAACGAAAAUGAAAGAACAAUAAAGAAUUCUCAAAAUAAUGCUAUGAGAGAUCUAAUAAUCUAUCACAAAAGGUUAUUGAGAGCACGACCAAACAAUAGUGACUUGAAAAAGUGGAGAUUAUCCUUAGUAAGGAGAUUACAUUCUCAUAUUGUUUCAUUACACAGAAAUGACUACAAGUUACCUACAAAAACUAUGAAAAAAGUGAAAAAAACCCAAAUGCAGGCAAUUAUGUUCCUGCAAAAAUUAUAAACAAAAUCAACCGUACAAUGGUUAGCCUUGGAGCUGAGCACACAUGUGCAUCUCUAUGUAAUGUUAUAAACCAUGCAAAUGUGUGGUUGUCAUAAUUUCAUUCUACAAUGUGAAUAAAAUAAGUUUAGUAUGAA